CCUAGGUGCCUGGCGGUGGGUUUGGGUGGACGGUACUAUUCUCUUCCCUACUGCUUUGUUGGUAGUUGGGUCCCACCACAAUUUGCCCUUUUUCUCUGCGUCCAAAUCCAAACCGCCAACCCACAUCUGAGAUCAGAGCGGAACCAGAAGAAAAUAAGGAAAGCGAAAGCGAUUUUCCUAGUCGGCCCCUGAUCCUGCGCUCCCGUACAAAGUAACAAAACACAGCGAAUGUUCUUGUGGGUGUAGGUGGGGCCGCAUCUCGAUGAGAGAAAUCUAAGAAUCCACACAUUCCAACGAUCAACGGCAACCCUACGUUUCUCUUCCCAGUUGCAACUUGCAUCCAUCUAUCAUUCCCCACCCCCCCAACCCACCCCCACAUCUUUCUUAAUCUUAGGUUUUGGAUAUUCUUUAUUUAUUGGAGUUAUUUUAUACGGGUAGCAACUUGAAGUGGUAAUUCGAAUCCAGAUGUCUGCUACGUUUUGAAUUUUUUUAUACGGAUAGGCUUACAUUUUGAGUAUUCUUAUUGGUUCUUUAUUGGGUUUUGGUUUUUUUUUUUUUUUGGCGGGUUUGAUUUAUAUUCUUGGUGCCCCAAAUUCAAAUUGUUGAUUGAUUUAUACGUCUCCUUUUGGUGUUUUGUGACCCUUUUUAGUUUCGCUCUUGUUCUUCAUCUGGGUGCAUCCGGUUUUGAAUUUUCUUCCUGGUUCAUUACGGACUAUUGGUUGCUGGGAAGAUUUAUUUCAGUUCGUUUGUUGAAAUUUGGUAUCUGGGUUUGUGUUAUUUGUGGUCUAUCAAUGGGCGCUUUGGAUCAGGGACACUUCGAUUUGGAACUUGAGAAUGAAGUGAAACCGGGUUGUAUUGAGCUGGGAUUUGAUGAAGAGCCAGAGACUCUAGCCAUUAAGGACGCUGUAAAAAUUUUGUUGCAGGGUUUAGGGGAGGAUGUUGACAGAGAAGGUAUCAAGAAGACCCCUCUUCGCGUUGCCAAGGCCCUUCGAGAAGGAACUAGAGGUUAUAGACAAAAGGUGAAAGAAAUUGUCCAGGGUGCUUUAUUCCCUGAAGCUGGUCUGGAUAGUGGAGUUGGUCAUGCUGGAGGUGUGGGUGGACUUGUGAUUGUUCGAGAUCUUGACCUCUUCUCAUACUGUGAAUCGUGCUUGCUUCCAUUCCAGGUGAGGUGUCAUGUGGGUUAUGUCCCUUCUGGUCAACGAGUUGUAGGUUUAAGUAAGCUUUCCCGAGUAGCUGAUGUAUUUGCGAAACGACUUCAAGACCCACAGCGUCUAGCAGACGAAGUUUGUUCAGCUUUGCAUCAUGCUAUCAAACCGGCAGGUGUUGCUGUCAUUCUCCAAUGUUUUCACAUCCACUUCCCUAACUUGGAAUCUGUUUUUCUCGAUUCCAAUCACCAAGGAUGGGUAAAGCUUCAGGUCUGUUCAGGUUCAGGGUUAUUUGAAAAUGAAAAUGCAGAAUCUUGGGGUGAUUUUUUGGGUCUUUUGAAAUUUAGAGGCAUAGAUUUGGAGAAAGCCCAUAGAAGAGAAUCAAAUUAUCAAUGUUGGUGCCCUUCCCAAUCUUCCUCGGGCGAGAAAACUUCCUCCAGCAAUGGACCAGCCAAUCCUGGUAUGGUUGCUGCAGUAGCUUCGAUUUUGAGGUCUCUGGGCGAGGACCCAUUGAGGAAAGAGCUUUUAGCAACUCCUUGUCGUUUUGUGAAGUGGCUGAUGAACUUCCAAAAUAGUAAAUUGGAGAUGAAGCUGAAUGCCUUUGUCUGUGGGAAGACAGAAUUCCUAAAAACUAAUGGGGAAGUCACCCGGUGCGAAAAACAGAUCCAUUCUGAGCUGAAUUUGUCGUUCUGGUCUCAGUGUGAACAUCAUUUACUUCCUUUUCAUGGUGUCGUGCAUAUAGGAUACUUUGGCACUGAAGGAUUCAAUCCCAUUGGAAAAUCCCUGUUACAGUCAAUAGUACAUUUUUAUGGUUUCAAGCUUCAAGUACAGGAAAGACUCACCAGGCAGAUUGCAGAGACUGUUUCAUCACUGUUUGGCGGAGAUGUAAUGGUAGUUGUCGAGGCUAACCAUACCUGUAUGAUCUCUAGGGGAAUUGAGAAAUUUGGAAGUAGUACAGCUACAAUCGCCGUAUUGGGUCAAUUUUUGACUGAUCCUGCUGCGAGGGCUAUGUUUUUGCAGAGUAUUCCAAACAGUUCUACUACUGAAGAAUGAUGAUUCUAACUUCUCAAAUGCCUUUUUUUUUUUUGUCUCUAGGUCCUGUCAUUCAUUUGCCUUUCUGGGUGGUUUUUGCAAUUGCAGUGGUGCGGGCAUGACACUGAUAAGUUGUGAUGGAUCUUCUAAAAGACUUGAAGACAAACCGUAUUUCUUAAGUUGUGUUGGUUGAGAGAAUUGACACUUCAAUUUUAUUGUAUUUUUCCACAUUAAAGUUCUUUGCAUAGACCCUUCAGAAGAUAAUUAUCAAGGGCAAUUCAAGUCCUUGUUCCCAUUAUAAAUAUUUUGUAGAAUUCCUUUCAGGAAGAGAACCCUGGAACGAUUCAACUCAUUAGACAAGAAAAACUCUAUUUCCAAGCUUAUUUAUUGAGACAUCAAACACAUUACUGAUGUGAA